CCUCUUUCUCUACAGCAUUGCCAUCUCUUUUCCACCUCCCUUAUUUUCCUUCUCUCCCUUGAUCAUUCUCAUCCUCUUGUUUUCUUUUGCGUAAAAUGUCUGUCUUUAUUUGUCUUCCAUGCCUUAUUUUUUUAUUUUCCAUAGACAGCCACAGCUGAAAGGAUUCUAGCCAUUCUCUCAGCAUCUUUUCAUGCUGUCUUCACUCCUUCAAAGCUCAAAAUCUUCUGCCACUUCUCUCACGGAGGGAGAACUGUCUUCUUCUUUAUUGUUUUUCUUCAUUUGUUCCGACUGCAGCUUGUGCUUUUAUUUCAGCAUCUGCGUUUCGGAGCGGAUUUUCCAUUCUAAACUGGAGUCAUGUUCUAUUUCCAGCUGGUGAUCAUGGCAGGGACGGUUCUCCUGGCGUACUACUUUGAGUACACGGACACGUUCCCGGUGCACAUUCAAGGAUUCUUCUGCUACGAUAAAACCUUCUCCAAGCCGUAUCCAGGACCUGAAGAUGACAGCAAAGCUCCUCCGGUGCUGGUGUAUUCGCUGGUCACCGCCAUUCCCACCGUCACCAUUCUGCUGGGAGAGCUGGCAUCUUUCUUCACUAAACCUGAGGCCUCGCAGGAGAAGACAAUCGUUACAGCUGACUGCUGCUAUUUCAAUCCGCUGCUCAGACGUAUCGUCCGCUUCCUCGGUGUUUAUUCCUUUGGCCUCUUCACCACCACCAUCUUUGCUAAUGCAGGGCAGGUAGUGACAGGAAACCAGACGCCUCACUUCCUGUCUACAUGUCGGCCGAACUACACAGCACUGGGCUGUCAUUCCCCAAUGCAGUACAUCACAGAGCGCCGCGCCUGUACCGGCAACCCAUACCUCAUCGCCUCCGCACGCAAAUCCUUCCCAUCGAAGGACUCUGCGCUCAGCAUGUACUCGGCUGUCUACACGGUGAUGUAUGUGACUCUGGUCUGGAGGACUAAAGGCACACGACUGACCAAACCCACUCUCUGCCUGACUCUGCUCUCAUUGGCUGUUUUGGUGGGCAUCGUGCGGGUGGCUGAAUAUCGCAACCACUGGUCUGAUGUGUUAGCUGGAUAUCUGACUGGAGGAGCCAUCGCUGCUUUUCUGGUCACCUGUGUGAUCAAUAACUUCCAGCAGACUCAGUCUCAUGUGCCACGUUUACCUCCACCUGUGCUGCCGCCACCACCGCCGCGGCCCGAGCCCUCGCUCAACAUGCCCAUGGUGGCCAUGCCCUGCGUGGAGAGUCCACUCGAAAAGUUCCAGGGGUUUUAUACACAGGCAUCACAUGACCAUCAGCCAUACCUGGCCCCCGUCCCUCCAGAUGUGCUCAUCCACUCGCGUCGCUCCAUCUCCAGCGCAGUCUAGACGGUUCUUCAGAGUCCUGGACAUGUGUUCGUCCUCGACCUUCACUCACCAGAUCAUACUCCACGCAGGUCUAGAGUCCCUCUGACCACACAGCAAUAGCCACUCGUCUCGUCCACAUUACUGUGUUUAGGUGAGAGCGCUCCAUGUCCACGUCUCAAUCUUCCCUUGCCUUUGGGGAGGUGUUUUAAUUCUGAACUGUGUUUACUUACACAAACCAACAAUGAACAAUACAGCAUUUAUUCAUUUUAGUUAACGUUAAAUAAUGGAAUUAAAGUUAACUCAGUGUAUCGGGUGUUAGGAGUUUGGAUUUUACUAAUACAUUAGUAAAUGUUGAACUAUGAUUAAUAAAUGCAUUAUUAAUCAUCAAUCAAUUAAGCAUAAAUGCAUUAAUAAAUGUAUUGUUUGUUAUUAGUUUGUGUAAAAAAUACAUUAACUAACAUUAACUAAUGAAAGAUGUUGAUGUAUGGGUGAUUCUACAAUUGCAGGUACUGUACUUUUAGUGUCCGGAGUCAUUAUUUCUUUCAGCUUUUAACAAAUAAUUUUCCAAACAUGUAUUUUUGUAAUAAUGGCUCACUUAUUAUCAUAAAUCAGAAGAUGUUACAGACCCUUAGCAAUAUAUGUUCUGUAAAAAAAAAGAAAAUCAUGAUUUAUUAUUGUUCAAUUUAGUUUAUUUUUCAUCGUGUAUUAUUGCAUAAUCACAAUAUUAUGAAUUUACAUAUUUGUAUUUACUGCUAUGAGCUGUCACUGAAGCGGUAUCUUUUCCACAUCUUUUCCUUAAAGGUCCAUAUCAAUACCUCAAAGGUACAUAUUAGUACCAAAAAAAAUUGUUCCUUUUAAAAUUUUUAGGUACUAAUGUACACUUUUAAGGUACCAAUAUGGACCCUUUAAGUUCAAAUGUGUACCUUUUGAAAAGGUACCACCUCAGUGACAGCUCGUGCACCUUUAUUUCUGAGAGUGUAUAAUGUAACAAAAUUAACCGAAUUUCUUGGUUUAUUAAAAUUCAAUCAUUCAUUCAUUUGCUUGUCGGCUUAGUCCCUUUAUUAAUCCGGGGUCGUCACAGCGUGA